AAGUUGAAUUACUGAAGAGGCACAUGAAACAACAUUCAGUUCAAAAUUAUUCAUGUGAUGAUUGUCCUAAAACAUUUAAUAAAUUAGAAAAGUUGACUGAGCAUAAAAAAUGGCAUACUGGUGAAAGAUCUUACUUAUGCAGCAAAUGUGGAAAAGGAUAUUAUAAGCAACCACAUUUGGAUAAACAUAUGCUUACACAUCUAAAGGAUCAUUUGGAAAAACCAUGUACAUUUUGUGGUAAAAAGCUAAAUCAUUCAAAUCACUUGCAAGUACAUAUGAGAACACAUCGAGAUCGAUAUGGACAGCCUUUAUUGCCACAGCCACCAAUCCUAAUAAAAAGUGUUUGUGGUAAAAGUUGCAGUUCAAGAAGUAAUUUAGCCGUCCAUAUGCGGAGACAUACUGGUCAAAUGACAAAUUUUUGCAAAAUCUGUGGUAAAGGUUAUCCAAGAACUACAGAUUUUACAUUGCAUAUGAGAAAACAUACAGGAGAAAAGCCAUUUGUGUGCAGUGUUUGUAACAGAGGAUUUGCACGAUCUGAUAAGUUAGCUAUACAUAUGAGGACACAUACAGGUGAAAAGCCCUACGCUUGUAUGGUUUGUGGUAGAGCAUUUGCCCAAAGUAAUGAUUUAGCAUCUCAUAAACGGAGAAAUAUGUGUGGACAGAGUCCUGCUGCCAACCAAAAUGUGAUCAUUCAAAGUUCUGCUAACACACCUGGACAAACUGGUUCACAGACAAGUCAGGCCAGAGCUGCUGAUUUGGUUUCUGAAGUUGUUCAAGGGUAUUUGAAGGUUCCAGAGCUGGCACUUCAUCCCCGAACAAUUGAAUAG